GAGGACGGACGAGCACAAAACUCAGCAUACACAAGACAGUCUGCCUCAGCUUAUUCGUCUGGUAGCACGGGUGUGUGAGCGCGCGCGGGUCUUGGGGUUCAUGAGUGUGUGCCUGCGGGUUGAUUGUUGCUGCUCCUCAUGUUCUGUUGACUCCAAGACCCAGACAAAGAGAACCAUGGCACAGAGGAGGUGAUCGGAAGCUGUUACCUAUUCUUCCUCCCUCUUCCUCCUCCUCCCACUCCUCUUCCUCUGCGUGGGUCCAUCCCCCCUCGGCAUCCCUAUGGAGAAGCGAAGGAUACAACAAGCUAGGUUGGCUUUCUUAGGGAGCAAAUGGAGGCGAUUUUUGCUGCUUUUCCUGCUGUGUAGUGUCCUGCUGGCCGCCCAACUCAUCACUAGUUACAGCAGGCUAGCAGGGACAGCGGCGCCAGUAGAAUCAGAUGACGGAGGCACAAGAGGCGUGUUAGCAGGGGUGGAGGAUGUGACGGUCAACAAAGCCUUCAACAUCAAGACGCAGCAAGAACAGCAGGCGGAUGGCACACGAACGCGCCUGUUGGAAACCUUGGCUCAGCUCAAGACACGUGACCUGCAGAAGGCGGUAAAGCUGUACGACUCCACAUGGAACCCAGCGGCGGCACAGAAGCUCAGAAUGGAAGAAGCUCUGCAGUCGCUGAAGAUGACGUUGCUAGAGGAGGUGAGUGCCCAUGGCUUCGUUGAGCUCAUGGCGGCUGCGCAUCACGCUCUUCCUUUGUCUGACACGCCGCGUCCUGAGCCCCUGCAGGUGGUGAUCGUGACUACAUGGCGGUCUGGCUCAACGUUCAUGGAGGAGCUGUUGAAUUCUCACCCUGCUGUCUUCAACCAGUACGAACCUCUCACGUUCUUCGGCUUGAGACAGAUUCGCACCGGGCAGGAUUCCUUGAAGGCACAGCGGGUCAUCCACGAGCUUAUGUCCUGCAAGUACGAGGGGCAGGACGAGUAUCUUCGGUCAGCACACGAGGUACGGGAGCUGCUGACGCGGAACAAGCUAGUAUGGAAGGUGUGUAAUUCUGAAGACUGGGGCGACGCUCUCUGCUUCAACGACUCCUUCCUCUCCCAGGCGUGCCAUCUCUUCCCCUGGCGAACCAUGAAGUUGGUACGCCUACGCCUUCGAUUCGUCCGCCCUCUCCUGCAAGACCCAGAGUUAAACGUCCGUGUGGUGUACUUAGUUCGUGAUCCACGCGGCGUUAUUAACUCAAGGACUGAUACAGUGAAGUGGUGCAAGACAGCCGACUGCAAUGAUCCGAGUCUUCUCUGCAGCGAUAUGGACGAGGACCUUAAAACCGCCGCGGAGUUACAUCGAGACUUUCCAGAGAGAUUCUACUUGUUGAGAUAUGAGGAUAUGUCUCUCAACCCAGUGAAUAAGACGCGGGAACUCCUCUCUCACUUAACCUUGGACUUCGAUCCGCAUAUGGAGGAGUUUUUAGCCUCCCACACCACCAAGAACUAUGACAAACCCUGGAGUACUUCUAGAGAGUCGAAGAAACGUGUCACGUACUGGGCGUCGAAACUCAAGCCCGAUAAACUGAAUGAGGUGCAGAAGGCGUGUGGUUCUGUCAUGGCAAAGUUUGGGUACCUCACUAUUGAUUCGACGAAAAAUGUGACCGUGGAUAAGAUUCUCGGGCCGCUUGUGCUUCCUUCCGCGCCAUGAUGUCCGCCAAAUUAGAUGGAAUCAUCACAUCAGGGGUAAAAUUAGCGGUGUUGUUUUUGGUUGCAGAGUUAAUGAUGGUGUGGACUUCUCAGAAAGCAAAGAUAAGGAACGCACGAAAAUACACACCAUGUUUGUUUGUAUAGCGUUGUCAGAGUGUAUUUUCUCUCAUCUUCGUUUAUGUUGAGUUCCUGAUGUCGCGCACAGAGUUCGAUAGUUUGUUGUGUCACGUACGAUUGUGAUGCACGAAUGAACGAAAGCACAAGGUAUAUAUUUACUACUGUACGUGGCACCCAUUAUUUUACUUUUUUAAAUACCGUACAUAAAGGUUCUAUAGUUUUUAAUCAAGCGCAGUGGUAAAGUAUGGGAACGAAUGAACGAAACACAUCAUAUAUACUAUGCACUCGUCUAGAAUAAUGCCAUACAUGUUUUUCACAUAAAGUUCGUUCAUUUUUCGUUUCGAAUAUCGUACACACAAAGUCCGAUAGCUUUUCACUCAUGCACGAUCGUAAAAUAUGAGACGAAUGAACGAAAAAACAACAUAAAAUAUCAUAAAAUUUGUAUCCAUUCGUAUCACAUACGUAUUACCCAUAAAUUUCGUUCAUUCUUUCAUAUCGUACACUCAAAGUUCGAUAGUUUCUGAAUACCGUGCGAUCAUGUGACACCGUCCCCUGGUGGGCUCUAAGGGACAAAAGAAUGACCAAGUGCAAUAGUAACAGUCCCCUGAGCUUUGGCCGCAGGGAGCUGUGAACCCAGGCUGUGAAAAAUGGGACUAAUUAUUCUUAGGCUAUAGUUCAUUCCUCCAAGCUCAUAUAUGUUAAAGUUAAUGAAUAUUGGAUGCUUCUGCACGUUUGUAUAUGUUUGUGUGGCGCCAGAAUAAACAGGGAGGGAGGGAGGACAGACGGACAGAGGAGCAUAGAGACAGGCAGGAAGGGAGACUAGCAUGGAGAUAAGAGACGGAAGCAAGUGGUCAGGGAGAGUCAGAAAAAUAGACGGAAAAACAGGAAGGCAAAAGGAAAGGAGAUUAACGGACAGGAAAGGAUAGAAACAAACAAAACGAGAGGGGGAAAAAAUUAAGCAAGCAGGCAGAGUGAUAAGCAGUCAGGAAGGCAAGGACACAAGUAGGCAGGCAGGCAGACAGGCGAGCUGGCGGGCUGCCUCUCCGCUCCACCCAGUAACACCACCACGUGCUAUUAGUAUCCCAAGCACUCUCAGACAGUGCGUGAUUGAGAGGAAGGAAGGAGGAAGAGGGUGAUUAAGAAUAAGAUUUAGAUACAUUACUUAAUAGGGAGAGGAACAAGAGGAGGGAAAUGCAAGGCUGAAUGCAUGAUGACAAGAAUAGGGGAGAGUAAAGGCUUAGUUCAGAGAGGACAUAAUGAGAGCAAAAUAGUACGAAGAAAUGUAACAAUGAAUGAAAGGGGGGAAUAUAGAGGCAUUGAACAAUAAGAAGAGGAACAGACACGAUUGAGACAGUAAAAGAUAAAUCGUUAGGAAAAGGAAAACAACACUGAACGGAAGGGAAAAGAAAUAUAGAUGUAGCACUGAAUAGAAGAAAAGAAUAGUGUGAUUUAGAAGAGAAAGGGAAGACAGGAGUGAGACAGCAAGAGACGAAUCGUUCGAAGCAGAUAAACAACACUAAAUGAGAAGUAAAAGAAGAAAAAAAAAAAUGCAUCACUGAAAGGAAGAAGAGAAUAGGGUAAUUUAAGAGUGAGACAGUACGAAGGAGAAAGCACAGAAUGAAAGGAAAAUAAAGAGAAUGAAAGGAAGCAAGAUGGAGGUGCAAGACGAGUAAGAAGAGGAGGAAAAAGCGACGUAAGAGUGAGCCAAUGCAUAAUGAGUGCAGUGUCCUAGUUUAGAGGGAACAGACAAGACCAGCCCGGCACAUUGCCCACAGUUUAUAAACACUGGGGCUUGCCAAAUGCACUGCGGGAAGCAGAAUGCACAGCGGCAGACGGGAAAAGACGAAAAAAACGAACCCGGGAGCAUAUGUCUGCUUGGCGCCGGGAAGGGGAGGAAAGGUAUAAAGAAAGCCAUUUCUGACGCUCUCUCCUAACCUUUUCCGUGUCAUUGUUAUAUAAGCCCAAUUUAUGAACAUUCCCUAGCCUCCCGCGUGCUUGUCUCGUGACUACCAGUGCCUUAUGAUUCCCAGUAUUCAGUGUGAGGUUUCUUGACGUCCGUACAGACCCAUAAACUAGUAAAAUGUCUGAAGAUAAGGUGAAGGUCAUAGAAAUGAGAAGUUUAGUUGAGUAAGUCGUUAAGUGUUUGUGUUGAUUAACAUUUUCCUUCACGUCUCUUCUUCCAUUGCGCCAAAUAAUUGUAAAUGGCCAGAGAAAGCUAUUUGUUCCGUCCUUCAAUAAUAUAGAAUCUGGUGAUAAGUAAAUGUGAUACGUGUAUACGGACUAAAAUGGGGUAAAAGAACAACUGGUAGGAAAACACAGACAGAAGUUUUUUUAUUCGUAUAAUGAUUUAAUGAAUGGUAAGAAAGUCAGUCGAGAAAGUGACGAAACUCAUUUGAUUUAAUUAUUGUUUCUUUGCCUUGGUUCCAGCGUGUAUUAAUAGAUGUACUUUUAUACCUCAAAACGUCAUCAAAUCCAUGGUUAUCAUCUCAUUUAUUUUGGUUCAUGAUUUACUAUAAAAUCUUCAUUAAUGCUGUUCUCUCUCAUUCAUUAUCAUAGCAAGCAUCAUAUUACAGGCCAGAUAGAUAGAUAUAUAGAAUAUCGAUCAGUACUCAAGAUUGUUUUAUUAUUAUUAUUAUUAUUAUUAUUAUUAUUAUUAUUAUUAUUAUUAUUAAUAUUAUCAUCAUUAUUAUUAUUAUCAACUCGAAGGAUACAUGUUUUCCAGCCUUACAGUCUGAAAUCUUACGUCUGAACAACAAAGCACACAAAAAGUCUGAUAUAUUUCACAAACUAUCCAAUAACAUUUAUAAAAAACUUUCACUGUGUCGUUGAUUGAAAAAACAAACAAACAAACAUUAAAUCAGCUACCAUUGUUACUAUUUCACGUUUUAAAGGGUAGGUACAAAUUUUCCAGGCUUCCAGUUUUAUAUUCUCACGUCUGGCAACUCAACGUCAUUGGGGAACAGCAGAAGCCGGCAACUUGUGGUAGAGGUAGCAAGUAUACAGAAUCUGUCCUUAGGUUUUAGUCAAUUCUUGCGUCAGUGUGUUUAAACUCAUUUUAACAUGCUUGAUGAGUGGUGGACGUUUAUAAGUGCUCAAGACGCUCGAGGAACAUCUGUUAGGGGAUUAAAGUAAGUGUUAUUGUACCACUUGUGAAAUUCUCUUGCGUCGCGGUUCAUUCCUGCAAAUAUUUGGAGCUUCGAAUCCCACGGACGUAAAUUUAUUUAUUUAUUUUUUAAUCAUAAUUACGUUUUUCUUCGUUUCAGUGUAUACGUAUAUAUAAGAGUAAGGCGUUUUAUCAAGUGAAUGUUUGUGUUCUAUUUUCUGUUAAUUAGUUGAUUUAGUUACAGAAUACUGGGAUUCGAACCAGAACACGACGUAUUUCUAAAUACAUUAAGUAUAUAUACUUUUUUUUUCCGUUCAUUGUAUAAAUUAGGGUAAGAUGAUAAGCUUUUGCCUUAUUUUAUUACGGUAAUGAAAGAAUGGUAUGGGUCAUAGAUGGUUGAAAUUGGUUCAGAUUAGUUCACUGGUAAGUUCGAACACGUUAUAUUUGAAGCAUAGCUGGUCAAUUUCUUUUCUCCUUUUUCUUUUCUGGACUUGGAAGGGAAGGAAUUUGAUGCGUUACAUUUCGUGUGUCUUUGGAUUGGAAACUAUUUAUGUGGCGAAAAGAAAGAAAUUUGGUCUCAUUUGAUUUGGAUAGCGUUAUUAAUUACUACUCGGAAAAUAAUACUAUUUGUAGGAUUUGAUAUGAUGUUUUUUGUGUUUGGUUCUUAAACUACUUGAAUAUUGAAAGAAAUUAUUUAAAUCCUCUUUAUUUUGAUCUCUCUUCAUUAUUUGUAAAUUUUUCUGUGUGAAGGAAAGAAUCUGAUCCUUGUCUUUGUCUCGGAUCCUUACAGCUGAAUGAAGCAAAAACAACCCGGUAUAUUUUCUUGUCAGUAAUACCUUAGUGUAUAUUCAUUAGUAAUACUUUUUAUUUUACGUAGAAAUAUAUACAUUCAUAUUUAUUUCAGCCAUUCACUGUAAACUCUUUAUUUCGGAUUGAUUAAUGCAUAUGCUUUUAUCCGAAUCAUUAUGCAACGUUCCGGAAUCUGUAUGAAUUUUGUGUAUAGUACUUUUUUUGUUUCAGAAUGUAUCACUUGUUACCAAUAUGUUUCGUUCAGUGUGUGUGUGUGUGUGUGUGUGUGUGUGUGUGUGUGUGUGCAUAGGUUUAUUCAUCCGUGUAUAAUAUCUUUGUUAAUAAAUCAGUAACUUAU